AUGUACGGCCUCCAUCACUCGACAUUGGCCAACAUCCUGGAGUUUUCAUGCUUCUAUGUCAUCCAAAAUGUCACUCCCGCCGCCAUCCUUAUCACUACACGCAAGGGAUCACCCAUACGCUAUCUGUGCAUUCCGUGGAUGAUCUGGAUCGCCAGCCGAUUUAUACGCCCUUUUGGCGCGUCCGGAAGUCCUACAUGGUGCCAGGCAGUAACUCAGCUCGUCAUUGCGACUCUGCAGACAAUAAAUCUACUGCUUGUUAAUCCUCUCGAUCGGCGAGAUAUCUCGUCUGUGGCAGACGACAGCUUCGGGUGUCAGUUGAUCAAAGCAGUGCGUCUCAUCGCCCAGACACGGGCAAUCAACACGCCAUGGCAAGUGAACAAGGUCCCGCCCCAUCCGAAAUAUUAUACCCGGCGCGGCUCGCCGGUUCCCAGUCGUGGCCGAUUUCUGCUGCGACAGCUAGCAAUUGUCUUUUGGCAGUACCUGAUUCUCGAUAUUGUGCAAACGGUAUCAAUUCAGCAAGCCACUGAGCGGGGUACUUCCCAUGGCGUAACAUCCCACAUUGAGUGGGUAGUCCCUGCAGCACAGUGGGCAGAGAGAAUCGCUACACAUCUUUCCAUCUGGCUUGUGGUGAAUCGUUUGAUUGGAGAUAUCGCAUACCGAAUACUGUCGAUAGUAUUCGUUGGUAUCUGCCAGGAUUCACCCUCAGACUGGCCACCGGCUUUCGGAAGGAUGCAGAGUCUUGUGACAUUGCGUGGGUUUUGGGGGGAUUUCUGGCAUCAAUUCAUGCGCCAGCCUUUCACUUCAAUCAGCAAUUAUCUCGCGCGCGAUGUGCUGAAUCUAACGCGGUCGUCAAUAUUGGAGCGCUACACAAAUCUCUUUGUCGUCUUCCUUAUAUCCGCGAUAUUCCAUGUUGUUGUCGAUAUUCUACAAAGUGUUCCGAUGGACAAGUCAGGAUCAAUGCCUUUCUACCUUGCAUUUGUCGCGGGAAUCAUGAUAGAGGACGGUGUACAGGAGAUGUGGAAAUUUGCAUCCUCUGGCAGCAGUCGGGGAGUCACGACCGAGGUAUUGCCAGAGUCUACGCCUCUCUGGAGACGUGCGAUCGGUGGAUUAUGGGUCGCACUGUGGCUCGGGGUCACCUCGACUUGGUAUUUUACGCCAAUGAUCCAAUCCACGUCGGAGGACUUGCGCAUGGUGCCAUUCAGUCUCGCGAAACAUGUCGGCCUUGAGCCGGUUAUUGGGAUUGCUCUGAGCUACGGUGCCAUCAUUGGCCUUAUCUUCAAAGUGGAAAUCUAA